UUGUAGAGAGGGUUCCUGUUCAGACAGAUUGGACAGUAAGGUGUCGGUUGAGUUUUGAGUGAGCAUGUGGCUCCUUUGGGCAGUCUUGCUGUUCUUUGUGAUCCGAUGGUACCUGGAAAGGCAGAAGGUGGAAAACCUCCGAGAGAAGUAUGUCUUCAUCACUGGCUGCGACUCCGGCUUUGGGAACCAGCUCGCCAGGCAGCUGGACGGUGAGGGGCUGAAGGUGUUGGCAGCCUGCUUCACACAGAAAGGGGCGGAAGAGCUGGAGAGGCUCACAUCAGAUCGGUUGAAAACCACUCUCCUGGAUGUCACCAGCACAGAGAGCAUUGCAGCAGCGACCGAGUGGGCGAAAGGGUGCGUCGGAGACAAAGGGCUCUGGGGCUUGGUCAACAAUGCAGGGAUUGUGGAAGCGCUGGUACCCAAUGAAUGGCUGGACAAAGAUGCCUUUGUAAGAGUGCUCAAUGUCAAUCUGGUUGGACUGAUUGACGUGACGCUACACAUGUUGCCGCUGGUGAGGAAGGCCAGGGGAAGGGUUGUCAACGUGUCCAGCAUUCUGGGGCGACUGGCUGUCUACGGAGGAGGCUACUGUCCAUCUAAGUAUGGGGUGGAGGCGUUCUCCGACUCUCUCAGGCGUGAGCUCCGGCCAUUUGGGGUGAAAGUAGCCAUGGUGGAGCCAGGCUAUUUCCGAACAAACAUGACUAACGUCCAGCACAGCAUGAGCGUCCUCGAGCAGCAAUGGGUCCGCACCCCACAGGAAGUCAAAGAUAGCUAUGGACAGACCUACUAUGAGAGAGUGCGCCAGAUGUUCAAAGAGAGUCUCAUCACUCGAUGCAGCCCUAACCUCUACCUGGUCACUGACUGCAUGGAGCAUGCCUUGACGUCCCGGCACCCUCGCACCCGCUACUCUGGAGGCUGGGACUCCCAGUUCUUCUUCGUCCCUCUCUCUUACAUGCCCACAGCAUUGGCAGACCUUGUGCUGACCUGGUCUUGGCCCAAACCUGCUCAGGCUGUGUGAAGACAGUGGCGUGAAAAGAGUCGUGGCUAGGGAAAGAAAGAAGGGGAUUGGUCCAGGAGAAGAGUGACAAGGCUCCUACGCUUUCAGUAGUUGUGCACAAAAGGGAAUUUCAGCAUGUGUGGUUUGUGUUGGCAAGCUAUGCAUGUUGCACGUCCCUCUUCUAUAGAACUAUUGAAGGUUCGGGAGCCUUCUCUGCUUCUGCUGCUGGCCACAGGGAGCACAGGUUGAGACAUCUCACACAGGACAACAGCGUUGUUGGCUGGUUACCCCAUGCCACAUUUCAAGCUCCCUUUGCACUUUAAUGCAAAAAUUCCGCAAUUGGCAUUUUCUGAAACAAUAUACAAACUGAAACGUAGGUAUCCUUUGAGAUUCUCGCCUUUCUGAAUUUUCUGAUGCAGUUCUCCAAACCAAUAACGUGUCUAUAAGGGUCAGGAACAGAAACCAGU